CCUGGGGAGAAAGGCCGAAGGGGGCAGGCAACACAUGCACAGUGAUGACGCGCCAGCGAAGAUAGCUCCGCAGCCUGCCAAUCAACACGGUUGUGCAAAUGAUGGAUGGGUAUCCACCUCUUCGCUAUCUCCGCUAAUGCCGCACGAUUCCCCCCGCGUGCGUGCCUUGUCUCCGUAGCCCACUAUCCGUCGGUGGACGCCCGCUGUAGUCUUGACGGACCAUGGACACGGAUGGCCCGCUAGACGUCAUGAGCACGGCAGAUCGCUGGAAAGAGCUGGGAGCACACCGCAGGUACAAAGGGCAGCAGCGCCCGCCGUAGCAGCAACCAAAAGGACGCUGAUCAUCUCAGUUCAAUUCGAUUCAAUAGCAGCAAGCACAACGCGAAGCAUAACGCGAAGCACAAUCCCCGCUCACGGAUACAUUCACCGGUAGCCAAAGAUCACAAUGCCUUCUCCAUUUGGCGACGCACCGGUAGCCAAGUCGCUGCUCGACUUCCAGCGUGUGCUCUCCCCGACCGCAGGUGUGCGCGUCUCGCCGCUCUGCCUGGGCGCCAUGAACUUCGGCGACGCGUGGUCGGACAUGAUGGGCAAGUGCGACAAGAAGACAGUGUUCGAGAUUCUGGACUUUUUCUACGAGCAGGGCGGGAACUUCAUCGACACCGCGAACAACUACCAGAACGAGGAGUCUGAGAUCUGGAUCGGCGAGUGGAUGCAGCAGCGCGGCCGCCGGGCGGAGAUGGUUGUGGCGACCAAGUUCACGACGCUGUACCCGGACCCGAAGACGAUGCCUCGCAUGGCGGCCAACUUUGCGGGAAACUCGACAAAGUCGCUGCGCUGCUCGCUCGAGGCGUCGCUCAAGAAGCUGCAGACGGACUACGUUGACGUGCUCUACGUGCACUGGUGGGACUUUACGACGAGCAUCCCCGAGCUGAUGCAAUCGCUCAACCACAUGGUGCAGAGAGGCAAGGUGCUGUACCUUGGUGUCAGCGACACGCCUGCGUGGGUAGUCAGCAAGGCGAACCAGUACGCUCGCGACCACGGCCUUCGGCCGUUCUCGGUGUACCAGGGCCGAUGGUCGGCGGCGGAGCGCGACUUUGAGCGCGAGAUUAUCCCCAUGGCGCGCGACGAAGGCAUGGCGCUGUGCCCGUGGGGCGCGCUGGGCGGCGGCAACUUCACGACCAAGGCGAAGCGCGAGAACAACGAGCAAGGGCGCAACUUUGGCGCGGCGUCGGACAAGCACAUCAAGGUGUCGGCCAAGCUCGAGGCCGUCGCCACGCGCAGGGACACGGGCAUCACGUCGAUUGCGCUGGCGUACGUGCGCGCCAAGUACCCGUUUGUGUACCCGAUCGUGGGCGGGCGCAAGGUGGAGCACUUGCAGGGCAACAUUGAGGCGCUGGGCAUCGAGCUGAGCGCGCAGGAGAUUGACGAGAUUGACUCUGCCGUCGACUUUGACGUCGGCUUCCCAAUGAACUUUCUCUUCGAGUUUGGCGGGGGCAAGUACAGCACGAACAAGACGGGCGCGGAUGUCGGGCUGUUGGCGUGGGCGGGCAACUUGGAGAUGCCGCCGCAUCAGCAGCCGGUCAAGCCGCAUGGGCUGCAGGGGUAUGGCAGGAAUCAGUGAUGGAGGGGGCAGGAUUCUUGUGAUUAGACAUGGAAAUGCAGCCAUUCUUGUGAUUAGACAUGGAAAUGCACCAUUCUCGUGAUUAGGCAUGGAAAUGCAGCCACUCUUGUGAUUAGACAUGGAGAUGCAGCCAUUCUUGUGACCAGACAUGGAAAUGCAGCCAUUCUUGCGACCAGACAUGGAAACAAAGGCCUCUUCUGGUCAAUGGAGAAACAACUAUUAUGGGUAAUAAUGUUCUGGAGAAACAACUGUAAUGGGUAAUAAUGUU